GCAUCACUGGGUACAAGUGCUUUGUUUUUGUCGAGUACACGUGUUUUUACACCAACGACUUAACCUUUUAAUAUCGCGUUAUUGAUUUACAUAUUAAACAAUAAGUAUCGUGUAACAAUUCGAUAAACUAGAGGAAAAUGUUGCACGUGAUUGGUUUGGGCCUUGGCGAUGCAACGGAUGUUACUGUUAAAGGUCUUGAAAUUAUUCGAAAAUGUGAUCGUGUUUAUUUGGAAUCGUACACGUCCAUCUUAAACACUAAUUUGAAAGAUUUGGAACAAUUCUAUGGACGUUCGGUAUUAGUAGCCGACAGAGAACUGGUCGAGUCUAAUGCGGCCGAGAUAUUACCGAAACAUGAGAAAGAAACAGUCGCUUUUCUUGUAAUCGGCGAUCCGUUUGGUGCUACUACGCACUCAGAUUUGGUAUUACGUGCUCGAGAAGAAAACAUAGAGGUAAAAGUUAUUCACAAUGCAUCUAUUUUGACCGCGAUUGGUUGUUGCGGUCUCCAACUGUAUCGUUUCGGAGAAACAAUUUCCGUUCCAUACUGGAGCAAAGAUUGGCGACCUGACAGUUUUUACGAAAGAAUUGUAUCUAACAAACAAAGGAACUUGCACACACUUUGUUUGUUAGAUAUUAAAGUGAAGGAACCUACUCCAGAAACUAUAACUAAAAAGAAAAAGGAAUAUAUGCAGCCACGAUUUAUGAGCGUUUCUGAAGCCGCUGGUCAACUGAUAGAGACAUUCCAGGAAAAAGCCAAAGAACCUGCGGAAGAAUUAGUUCUCGACGAGUCUACCAUUGUGGUGGGGUUAGCUCGUGUAGGCUGGGAUAACCAACGUAUAGUUGCCUGUUCUCUUCGAGAAAUGGCAUCGAUCGAUCUAGGCCCGCCUCUUCAUUGUUUAAUUAUUCCUGCAACGGAAUUACAUCCUCUGGAAUCGGAGUUUUUGAUGCGAUACGCAUUGUUGAAGCAACGCACAGUAUAAUAAAAUUGUAUUGCUACGACGUGCACCCUUCGUUUGACCUCCUUCUCACGAAACAUUACUUUCCUUUUCACGAACAACAAUUUCCCCGUCAUCGUUCGCGUCGAACCUUUGUUAAAGUCGUAUAAAAUACCUAUCGCUUCUUUAGAGAAUUUUUAAUAGGAGAGAUUGUGUAGUAAGUAAUAGACAACUACAAAUCGGUCACGGAAAUGUAUAAUUCGCAAUUAAUUUGAUCGAUUUUAUCUUAGUUUUGGCAACCGUGGUGUAAGAGUCAUAAUUUCAUUCGAACGGACCGCAAGGCAAGUGAAAAUU